AUGUACGUGGUGAAGAGGGACGGGCGGCAGGAGGCGGUUCACUUUGACAAGAUAACGGCGAGGCUCAAGAAGCUAAGCUAUGGGCUCAGCAGCGAGCACUGCGACCCGGUCCUUGUGUCCCAGAAGGUUUGCGCGGGGGUCUACAAGGGCGUCACCACCAGCCAGCUUGAUGAGUUGGCGGCCGAGACUGCGGCUGCCAUGACUGCGAAUCACCCGGAUUAUGCUUCUUUGGCUGCAAGGAUUGCAGUCUCAAAUCUUCACAAGAAUACAAAGAAAUCUUUUUCUGAAACGAUCAGAGACAUGUAUAAUCAUAUCAGCGAUAGAGCAGGGCUACCAGCUCCUUUGAUUGCAGAUGAUGUUUAUGAGAUAAUAAUGAGGAAUUCUGCUCGUCUGGACAGUGAAAUCAUAUAUGACCGAGACUUUGAUUAUGACUACUUCGGUUUCAAAACCCUUGAAAGGUCUUACCUCUUAAAGAUCCAGGGGAAAGUUGUUGAGAGGCCACAGCAUAUGUUAAUGAGGGUUGCUGUUGGUAUCCACAAAGACGAUAUAGAUUCAGUUAUAAGAACAUAUCAUCUGUUGUCUCAGAGAUGGUUCACUCACGCAUCCCCUACCCUCUUUAAUGCUGGUACACCGAGACCACAGUUGAGCAGCUGUUUCUUGAUAUGCAUGAAAGAUGAUAGUAUUGAAGGCAUAUAUGAUACACUAAAGGAGUCUGCUGUUAUCAGCAAAUCAGCUGGUGGAAUUGGUCUGUCUAUGCAUAACAUUCGUGCUACUGGGAGUUACAUACGUGGAACAAAUGGAACAUCCAAUGGCAUUGUUCCAAUGCUUCGAGUGUUCAAUGAUACAGCCCGGUAUGUGGAUCAGGGUGGUGGCAAGAGAAAAGGUGCUUUUGCUGUGUAUCUAGAGCCGUGGCAUGCUGAUAUCUUUGAGUUUCUUGAUUUGAGGAAGAACCAUGGAAAGGAAGAGCACCGCGCAAGAGAUUUGUUUUAUGCACUUUGGGUGCCUGACCUGUUUAUGCAAAGAGUUCAAUCUAAUGGACAAUGGUCGUUGUUUUGCCCUAAUGAGUCUCCUGGCUUAGCUGAUUGUUGGGGUGAAGAAUUUGAACUUUUAUACACUAAAUAUGAGAGACAGGGAAAGGCCAAAAAGGUGGUCCAGGCACAGAAUCUCUGGUUUGAAAUCUUGAAAGCUCAAAUUGAAACAGGAACUCCUUAUAUGCUGUAUAAGGACACUUGCAAUAGAAAAAGUAAUCAGCAGAAUCUUGGCACCAUAAAAUCCUCUAACUUGUGUACUGAGAUCAUUGAGUACACAAGUCCUACUGAAACUGCUGUCUGCAAUUUGGCAUCAAUUGCUCUACCAAGAUAUGUCAGAGAGAAGGGUGUACCCGUGGAAGCACAACCAUCAAAACUUGUUGGCAGCAUUGGCUCUAAUAACCGAUAUUUUGAUUUUGACAAGCUGGCUGAGGUCACUGCUAUAGUUACUACAAACCUUAACAAGAUAAUUGAUAUCAACUACUAUCCAGUUGAAACUGCAAAAACGUCUAAUAUGCGUCACAGACCAAUUGGUAUUGGGGUACAAGGCCUUGCUGACACUUUCAUCUUGCUUGGGAUGGCAUUUGAUUCCCCUGAGGCUCAGCAGUUGAACAAGGAUAUAUUUGAGACCAUAUACUACCAUGCUCUAAAGGCAUCCUGUGAACUAGCUGUUAGAGAAGGCCCAUAUGAAACAUAUAGUGGCAGUCCUGUUAGCAAGGGUAUUCUUCAGCAUGAUAUGUGGGGAGUAAAGGCUACAGAAAGGUGGGAUUGGGAUGCUCUUCGGGCUAUGAUAGCAAAUAAUGGUGUAAGAAACUCACUGCUCAUAGCACCUAUGCCAACAGCAUCAACAAGCCAAAUCCUUGGGAACAAUGAGUGUUUUGAGCCGUACACUUCCAAUAUUUACAGCCGCAGAGUUCUAAGUGGUGAGUUUGUUGUUGUGAACAAGCAUCUUUUACAUGAUUUGACCGAAAUGGGUCUUUGGUCGCCUUCUCUCAAGAACAGGAUCAUUUAUGAGGAUGGUUCUGUUCAAAAGAUUCCAGAGAUUCCUGAAGAGCUUAAAGGGAUUUACAAGACUGUCUGGGAGAUUAAGCAACGAGUCUUAGUUGACAUGGCCGUUGACCGUGGAUGUUACAUUGACCAAAGUCAAAGCUUAAACAUCCACAUGGAUCAGCCCAACUUCACAAAGCUAACUUCCCUGCAUUUCCAUGCUUGGUCUAGGGGCUUGAAGACUGGAAUGUACUACCUAAGAUCACGAGCUGCUGCAGAUGCUAUCAAAUUCACAGUCGAUACAACCAUGAUAAAGGUCAAGCUCAAGGUGGAGGCUGAUGUCGAUGACGAGUCCAAGAAGGCUCAGAUGGUUUGCUCGUUGGCCAACCGUGACGAGUGUUUGGCUUGCGGAAGUUAA